AUGCUUGGACGCCUGCCUUCUGCUCUAAUCGAGACGCUUUCUGCCAAUCCUGUUGCCCUGCCUGGCCCCGCAGCUGACAGCAACAGGACAGCCGAGGCCGCCAGAGCUGAAACAUACAACUGCCAGGGGCCCACCGCGUGGCGCUCCUCGGGCCUGGCGGCGAUCAUCCCGCCAUCGGUGAUCGACUGGCGCAGGUCCAAGCCCCCCGUCGUCACGUCUGUCAAGUUUCAGGGGGAGUGCGGCAGCUGCGUGGUUUUCGCCAACACCGCCUCGUUGGAGGCGGCGUUCAUUCUAAAGCACAGCAACCUCGGCUACACGAAUGCCAACACCGACCUGUCAGAGCAGGACUCGAUGGACUGCACCCCAGGCGACGCCUGUGUGGGCGCCAACGGUUACGAAUACGUUGACCGUGCGAUAUGCUACGGGGUCGCCUACGAGAAGGACGACCCCUACACCGAGAGGGACACCAACCAGUGCUCCAGGACCAUUGACCGCUUUGAUGCAGGCAUCAAGGGCUAUACUUACGUGCCUGGCAACGUGGACGACGUGCGCAGGGCGCUCUCACACAAUGUGCUCUCCAUCGGCGUCGGCGCCGACACCGUGGCGUUCCAAAACUACAAGAGCGGUGUUAUCGGCUGCAGCUACUCGGGCUCGAUCAAUCACGAGACCGCCGUGGUGGCUUAUGCCAACAACGUCAACGUGGUGGUGAACUCAAGGAGUGAGGCCUGGCAGGUCUUCACCCUCAAAAACUCGUGGGCUGACGGCUGGGGGGAGUCUGGGUUCUACAGGAUCCGCGGCGACUGCCCCUACCCAGGCGCCCUCGGUGUGUACAGUGACGACUUCAUCACGGUGCCCAUCAGGAGUUGA